AUUGUUCAGAAAAGUAACAGAUCCCGAACAUGAUUAGUAACCAUAGUCUCUUCUUUCCUCUUCCAGAUUUGAGUUCGAAGGGCAGAGGCACAGGUAAUCUAGUGAGGUUUACCUGCCCAUCCCACGUCCUCGCCGGUAUCUCCUUCCUUUGUCGAUGGGAUUGGAACUUUCUUGAUACCCAUAUUUCAACACCAUCCUCCGGUCCAUGAUAUAAAGUGAGAACAAGAUACUUAGGUUCCUCGAGGUAGAAGGAAACCACCGACACCAUGGACGCCAACCUGAAAGAACACCAGCAACAAGCUGCUGCGGUCCCUACUGCCGCCCCGGUAGCGGCCCAGAAAGCGGCCGCGAACUACAAGGGAUUCGUAGCCGGCGUGUUUUCGGGCAUCGCCAAGCUCUCUGUCGGCCACCCCUUCGACACCAUCAAAGUCCGUCUCCAAACCACCGACGCCUCCCGUUUCUCCGGACCGCUCCAAUGCGUCACUCAUACCAUCCGCAACGAAGGCAUCCUAGGCCUCUACAAGGGCGCCUCCCCGCCGCUGGUCGGCUGGAUGUUCAUGGACAGCGUCAUGCUCGGCUCCUUGACGGUCUACCGCCGCCUUCUGCGCGACAACCUGUUCAACCCGCCCUGGCACCCCUUGCACGACCCAGCCAGACCUUUACCUUCGCACGGCCACGGCCUGGCCGGCAUCCUGGCGGGCAUGACGGUCAGCUUCAUCGCGGCGCCCGUGGAGCACGUGAAGGCGCGGCUGCAGAUCCAGUAUGCGGCGCGCAAGGAGGAGAGGAUGUACAAGGGCCCGAUUGACUGUCUGAAGAAGGUGUACACGCACCACGGCAUCAGGGGCGUGUAUCAUGGUUUGGGAGCGACGAUGCUGUUCCGCAGCUUCUUCUUCUUUUGGUGGGGCACGUACGAUGUGUUUAGCAAGUGGAUGACGCAGUACACGCAGAUGAGCACGCCGGCGAUCAAUUUCUGGGCCGGCGGGUUGAGCGCGCAGGUGUUUUGGCUGACGAGCUACCCGAGCGAUGUGGUGAAGCAGCGGAUCAUGACGGACAAUUUGGGAGGAGGGGUCGGCGAUGGUGUGAGGAGGUUCCCUAGGUGGAGGGACGCCGCGGUGGCGGUUUACAGGGAGAACGGCGCGAAAGGAUACUGGCGCGGGUUCUUGCCUUGCUUCUUGAGGGCAUUCCCGGCGAAUGCGAUGGCUUUGUUGGUGUUUGAGGGCGUCAUGAGGUCCUUGCCUGGGUAGGUGGGAGGAGUACCGGUGUCGGACAUUUGGUCGGGGUGAUAUCUCGGGAGGUUAUGGCGCAUAAGCGUUUGUUUGUCUGUUUACUUUUGGGUUAGAUACUCCUAGAACGGAGGCGUUACAGAUGGUUCAUGAAUGAUUGAAAAUGUCAAGAAAUCA